UCACAGCAAACGUUAAAGUUUUGUGUUGAAUUCAUGCUGUCUUUGUUUAAUUGAAAUAUUUUAUCAACUGUUGUGAGGUCGGAACUUAUAACAAUGCCCAUUAUGAUGAAGAAGAAAAGGAAGGGAUUUCUCACCAAGAGAAGAGGAGUGUUUUGGAAGUCACUUGGGAGGUCGUAUACUGGGGGGGAUGCAAUUCCUUUUGAAUGUAAACUUUGUAAUUACUUAACGAACACCAUGGAAAAGUACAUCGUUCAUAUCAAAGACAUGCAUUAUGUGGAUGCAGUUGCCCGGGAAGGAAAAGAUAAAGAUGGUGAAGACAUAACUGAAUCAACAACCUGUAUUGAAGGUGGGGAGGAAUCAUUUAAUACAUGUUUGUGCGAUGCUUCAGGUGGAAGAAGCGAAGUAAGUUUGUGCGAUCUGACGUUGGAACCUCCCGUGGUAGCGAACAUUUCACCAAGUUUAAAGUCUCCUGGUUCCAUAGACAUGACAUUAGUUGAUGAUAACACAACAAGCGUACAAACACUUGGCUCGGCAUCCACAGCCAAGUUAGUUGAUGUUUCAACCACGAACCACACAGCUGGUUGUCCAACCAAUGUUACAUCGGGUGACGACAAUAUAUUAAACAUCCAAGGUCCUGAUGGUGGUCUUGUAAUCACAGCACAAACUAGUCCAAAUAUAAGUGGUAAUGCACAAACCACCCAAACAAAGGAAUUUAUUCCACAAGCAGAUAUGGAUGUUGUGAGUUUGGGAAAGUUAAGUAAGAUACAAAUUAUUCCAACAGCAGAACGCUGCAAACCAAACAAAACAAAAGAGAAAUCAAACAAAAGUUCGAUUUCCAAACUUGAAACAAUCGUUAAAAACCUUCGACAAUCAAACAAUAACAAUGUAGUUGAAGAAGCUGUGAGUUUGAACCCGCAGAUUACAGCCACCCACGCAUCCAAUGCAACAGAAAUAUCCGAUAAUAAUUCUUACACAAACACAGAUCAAGACACAACAGGCGAAAUGGAAAUUAAAAUUGUUUCGGUUGAAUCUUGUUCCAGUUCGACUCGGAAUCCUUUCCCUCCAACCAACACUAAUGCUUCAUCCAAGCAAACAGGUCACAACUUCAUCCCCCCUUCCUUUGCAAAUAUGUUACAAAGUCCUGGUGUUACAAUGCCGUCAUUGGAGGUUCUUCAGAUUGUGGAGAAUCGACCCGAGAUAUGGGGAGUGCUAUUCAACAGUUUCUUCAAGUUCCCGUACCCGCCAUCGGAGGAAAUCACCGUCUUGUCGGAUAUCACGGACUUGACGUCGCACCAGAUCAAAUGUUGGUUUGCCAGCGCUCGUAUGAAACACGGGAUCAGUUGGAGUCCGGAUGAAGUCGUUAAGGCGUGGGAGGUGGCACAACAGAUGCUCAUGAUGCAGAUGAACCAAAACGCUGCUUGUAAUUCCGCAACAAAUAUUCAGCAAAACACUAAGUCAAGUCUGAACAUAGCAAUGGGUGUUGCACCCACACUGAUACCCAAUGUAGCUUCCUUUAUCACCGUGGAAUGUUGGUGUAACAUCAACCACAGGGUAACACCACAACAGCAAGAAGUUUUAAACAUUAGUGAAAAGAAUUUAUCCAAACGACCAACAAAUCAUGAAUUAAAGAAACUUGAACUAAGUACAGGUUUACCCCCAUGUGCAAUCAUGUCGUACUACAAGUUUAAACAUUUGAGCAACAAUCCAAACAACCCUGAGCCUUCAAGUGGAAAGUUCAUCAUCCAGAAUCCGACUGAAGUAAAACGAAGGUGGUGUCAACAGAAAACACCAGAACAAAAAUCUGAAUUAUUUGAAAGUUUUAAGAUUUGUCCGUAUUUAAGGGAAUCUGAACAGGAGCGUUUGAGUGAUGUCACUGGGUUAGUCGUGGAAAAGAUUCAAGCUUACUUUCGUAGCAUGCGUCGUAAUAUACGACGACAAAUGCGUAAACGAAAUAUGAAUCAAGAUAUCAUUGAUAUUUACAAUGGUCGCAGACAUUAUCUUGCAGGUCGCAACAAAAGCAGAGAGGUUCAUAAGGAAUGGGUCAGUUGCUUGGUUGAAACAUUAAGAUUAAGUGAAACUUAAAAAGUUGUUGCCAUUUCUUAAUGCUUGAAUUGUUUCAAUAUAUUUAUGUAACUUCUUCGCUCAACAUUAAUUGUGUUGGAAUCAUUUAUAUCCUCGUUUUGAAAAGUUUUGGGGUGUAAAAUUUUAUUUAUUUCCAACCCUGUACACCCUUGUUAGA